AUGGAUAUCCUGCGGGACCAUCCAUGUCUAUCCAUUGCGUCGGUGCUGCUGGUGUUCAGCGUCGCAUACCUCUGGAGACUCAACAAUGCACUCACCACCACGCCCCCGGAGAUGCUAGCCCUGACACCACGUCGCUGGACCACUGAAGAAAUCAGUCAGACGUACCAGCGCGUCAAAGCAAACCCCGUCGACUGGUCCAAACAUCUGCCACCCAAACUAAACCGGCGAUACAUCAUCACCGGCGGCUCAGGCGGCGUCGGCGGCGAAAUCAUCCUGCACCUCCUCGCGCGCGGUGAAUCCCCUUCCGCCAUCCGCAACGUCGACUUACGGUUCCCAGACCGAGAAGACCUACUCUCGGGUGCCGCGGCGGAAGUCGACUUCGCGCAGGCGGAUCUCUCCUCCGCUUCUUCAACAAACGCUGCUUUCGAUAAACCCUGGCCGGUGGAGGUCACAAACCUGCCUCUGACCGUCUUCCACACCGCUGCUGUCAUCUCGUUCCAUGAGCGGCGGGCAGCUACCUACGAGCGCGUGGAACGCGCCAACAUCGCCGGGUGCACUAACGUGCUCUCCGCCUCCAAAGCCGCGGGUGCGGAUGUCUUCGUGUCCACCUCUUCCAGUUUCGUGGCCGUCAAGCCGGUGCGCUACUUCGAUCUGGAUUUCUUCCCCCUAUUCCGACGGAGCUGGCCGAGAAACUACACGCAGCCUAUCGACGAGGCAGAUUUCUACGCCCCUCUGCGUCCCAGAGAAGAUUUCUGGGGCAAUUACGCAUACUCGAAAGCCGUGUCGGAGCGGAUGGUCUGCAGAAGCAACUCGGUUGGGUUUCGCACAGGAGUCAUCAGGCCGGCGAAUGGGGUUUAUGGGAGCAGCAAGGCUGACCAGCUUGUGGGAAUGUGUCUGCGCUUGGGGACGUUCCCGACUUGGAUGACCAAUGUCGUGCAGAAUUUCGUGCACGCGGGACAUGUUUCGUUGGGGCAUUUGCUGUUUGAGGCGGCGCUGGUAAACAAUACGGAGAAACUCCCCCCGUGUGCGGGGAAGCCGUUCAAUAUCACAGAUCCAUGCCCGCCGACUCUGUUCUUAGAUUUCUACAAACUGGUAGAGCAGACGGCUGAGACGUAUGUCAAAGUCGUAUAUCUGCAGCCCGUGCCGAUGCUGUUGAUCUCAUAUGUUGUGGAGAUAGCGGACACGAUCUCGGGGUUGAUUCCGGGGCUGGGAUGGUUGAAGCCGACUGGUCAACUGGCGCUGCUCCAGCCGCCUGUUUUCAGCUCGUCUACGCACGUCCCGGCUUCGGAUGCAGCGGCGCAGAAGUCGGUUGAGGACGGCGGUUUGGGGUACAAGGGGGUGUGCACCACGCUGGAAGGCAUCUGUCAACAGGUUGCAGAGUGGAAUCGAGAUCACCAGGGCAGUGGUGCGGCACAGAAUGGGAAGACGGAAGGGCUGGAGACGUGUGUGAAAGUAGUAAAGAGUGUGGGAACUAUACCGGCAGUUGUAAAGGCUUGA